AGUGAAUGUCGCAUUAUUGAAGGCCUUUCCCCCCCUCCCAUUCCAUGUGCGCUAGUUCCUCUGAGGCAUCCACUCGCCUUUCCACUAUGUCCACACCUUUGUAUUUGGACUCCUUUCUCCUUGCGUUUUUCUGAAUUGCUAAAUCUACGCUCCUUUGGCGGAUCCCCCCUGGUCUCAAGAUCCGCACUUCCGCUUGGGCCUCCUCUGACAGGACAUCGAGCCGCCAAUUCACAACGCAUACAUUUCAUAGCGGCCGAUCUUUCUUGUAUGGAAGAUUGCUGAUACUGCCUUCGCCAUGCCGUCUGCAAAGGAAAGAGAUAGCCCGUCUGUUGACCGUCGUGACCGUCUGACGCUUGCGAAACUGGCCAGCUACGAUGAUAUCGCGACGGAUGCGCUGGUGGACCGAGCUUACUUCUGGACCAAUACUCGCAAGAAUAGAACCAAAUACAACCCCAUGCGGGGCAUUGUCGACGAUGAUGUCGCUCGCAUCCUCCUACACGAUGUCAUUGUCGCAAAGGAUCCCGCGAAGGCAGAACGAGAAUUGCUGGCGAUGUCGGGGCUGAAGAAAUUUAUGGCCCGGUUGCCCAACGAUCGCGAGAAGGAUUGGUUUCGCCGUCACCUGCGCAAAUACAUUCAGAUGUACCUGCCUGACUCGCCGUUUGAGAUCACCACAACCAAUCGUUACACAAUCACGGAACAUGAGGCUGCGGUCUGCGCUCGUAAAUUCAUCAGGCAAGGACAGGAAAUUAAAUAUCUGAGCGGAACUCUUGUGCCUAUGACCCGUGAAGAAGAGCUGGAUCUUGACCUGAAGCGGAAGGAUUUCAGCAUUGUGAUGUCCAGUAGGAAAAAGACCCCGUCUUUUUUCCUUGGGCCUGCUAGAUUCGCCAAUCACGACUGCAAUGCGAACGGGAAACUGGUGACGCGUGGAUCAGAAGGCAUGCAAGUUGUGGCUACUCGGGACAUCUACAUUGGCGAGGAGAUUACAGUAUCCUACGGUGACGACUAUUUUGGGAUUGACAACUGCGAGUGUCUAUGUCUUACCUGCGAACGACUGGUCCGCAAUGGCUGGGCGCCGCACAUGCCAUCUGAGCCUCAGAGUAAGGCGUCCACGCCUGCGCUGAACGAUGAUAAUCUGUCAAUCGACAGUCACGUCUCACCUAAGAAGCGCAAAUUUGCACCAGACUCAGACACCGAAGCUUCUGCCCCGUCCACUCCUUGCAAACGAGGCAAGUUUGUUCGCCAGAGUUCGAAAUUGAGAUCCGAAGUGUCCUUCCUCGAAGUUGCUACUUCGAUUGAACAACCUGCUGGCCCUUCCCCCGUGUCCAACGGAUCUGAUAUUGGGGUCUUGGGUAACAGUACUGUCGAGUCGGACAAUGACAAGGCCGUGGACGCUGCCCUGCCUUCUCCGCCUGCCGAUUCUCCUCCGUCAACUGUCGCGAACGAGUCCGAACGCUCAUCAACAUCAACAAUCGCCACCUCUGUGUGCGAUGCUGCAGUCAAAAUCAAAGUGGAAGAAACGAUAGAGAAAUGUGCAGAGAAAGUUUGCCCCAUAGCCGAGACAAACGUUGAACUGUCGAUCACAUCUCAACUCGCAGACAGCAUUGAGGGAGACACAAAAUCAGAACUAUCAGAUCAUCCGAGCACAUUGGAACACGAAUCUAUUGGUUCUAACAGAAAGAAGCCCAGAAAGUCUCGUGGAAAAACUGCUGUCGUUGAGUCGGUGGAGGCUGAAUCACAACUCGUCCGUGUUCCAGGGGAUUAUACCAAAACCUCGAAACUUUUGGCGCAGACAUACGACCGCUGGGUUGACUGCCACACCUGUAAUGCCUGGUUUGUGCAACACAACUCCUACUUGACUCGACGAGAGUGCCCCCGCUGCGAGCGUCACUCUAUGUUGUAUGGGUACCGCUGGCCUAAGACUGAUAAGGAGGGUCCGUCGGACGACGAAGAACGAGUGAUGGACCAUCGGACGGUGCACCGCUUCCUAUACCCCGAAGAGGAGGCUGUCAUCUCGCGUAAAGACCGCGGCGUCAGUUUCGGUGUGACGCCCACGCCGGAAUUAUCUGAGCCACGCACAGAAACCGAAGGAAGCGAAGGCUGUGACGACAAGCGCACUACUCGUGCCAGUCGACGCCGCACUCAUUCGCUUCGAAUGACAAUGUGACGAUGGUGAAUUUUGUGUUUUUGACAUUCUGCACUAAUUGGGAAUGGUGUUUGGUGCAGGUAACAUUUCAUUGCAAUGUUGGAUCAGGGAUUUACUCAGGGAUGGCGCUCCAAGACACGGCAUAUUGCAUCUGUAGACAUGGUUUCAUGAUUUGACCUCAUUUUUGGCAUACCGCUAUUCUGUACAAGAAGCAG